AUGCUGCCAUCGGUCGACCGGCCAGUUAUUCUCAUCGAGGACGGUAGCAACGCCCGUCGGGGGAGCUUCACAAAGCCCCGUCCGCUCGCCUGGCUUCCCGUGUUGCUGGUGUCGGCGCUGAUUUCCUGUGCCUACUACGCCUACGUUCUGGUUUUCUGCCGGCUUAUUGUAGCAGAGGAGAGCAUAGCCAAGGCCGUAACGUUCGGCACCGGAUUUCAUCUGCUUCUGUCCAUGUGCAUCUGGUCGUACGCGAAGACGACGGCGACGGCGAUUCCCGACGUUCCACCAGCGUACCUGUUGAGCGUGGACCAGGAGCAGGUUCUGGCCAACUGUCAAAACGAGCGCACGCGGCAUGGUCUGCUCGAGAUGCUGGCAUCGCAGAAAGGCGUGUUCACUCGGGGGCCAGGCGGUUCCGCGCGUUACUGCGUGUUAUGCCAUCUCCUCAAGCCGGACAGAUGCCACCACUGCUCCACGUGCCGAAGAUGCAUCAUGAAGAUGGACCAUCACUGCCCGUGGUUCAACAACUGCGUCUGCUUCAGCACCUACAAGUUCUUCUUGCUCACUCUCUUCUACACGGUUGCACUGUGCCUAUACGGCUUGGCCACCCUGGCAGCCCACUUGGUUGAAUGGUGGUCGGACGCGUGGCUUCGGAAGCCGUACGCUUUCCACGUGGGCUUCCUCCUGGUCGUGGGCACCAUGCUGGCCGUCGCUCUCGGCUCCUUUCUCGUCAUGCACCUUUUCAUGGUGUCAAAGAGCGAGACGACGCUCGAGAGGCUGCGCGACGCGACGUUUCAAGGAACUCGGGGACUUGUUCGAUCUCGGGAACCGCUACGAGAACUUCGUAGAGGUGUUCGGUCCACGAAAAUCACUUUGGAUGAUUCCCGUAUUCACGAGUGUUGGCGACGGCGUCCGUUUCCCGACCAGGCUGCACCCCACGCGAGACACGGUCGAGCCUCGGGCAUCUGCCGUCGUGGUGAACUAUUCUGCGGCUACCUACUCGAUGGGGUCAUCCGGUUUCGAUAGCAGAGCUGGCGUCGUGGAUAUAGAACGACAAUCGAUUGAGGCCUCUAGAGACUCCUCUAAGAAACGUAACACGACUGAAUUUUGAUGGUUUUUUUCUUUUGAAUUACGUUCUGAUAUGACUCGCAAUAAGCACAUAGCAUGCUCUUUAUUGCCCGAGCGUGGCGCUCCGUCUCCUUUUGUGCCAAGCUACACCACAUCUGUUCAUUAUAUUUAUCUUUGUUAUAAUAUUUCGGUACAUCUACGAAUCGAAUAAAGGUCUCUCGCAACCUUUGACGCCACCCGCCC